UUUUUAUUGUUCUUUAAAAAAAAAAAAAACUAUUGUAUUUAAAUAAAAUUACGCAUACUGUUUCAUUGUUUUUAAACUGUUUUUCUCUUUCUAAGGCUACUAUACAGGUUUUAUUUUUGCAGGUUCAACAGGUGUUACGUCAGGGGAAAUUUCCAGGAUGCCACGGAAAGGAAAGCGGUCUCAGGCUCAGAAGAUGCGUUGGAGAAAGGUGGACCUGGCGGAUGUACAGACCAUACUCUCCAGGACCAACAAGGAUGAACAGGCAAGAACCACUGCUGCUGUAGCUCAGGUAUCUGACAGACUACAUGAUGGUGCACCCAGAGUUUUGUCUGUACAGGCAUCCCAUUGCCAAAGUGAUGAAAGGUAUGACAUAUUCUCAAGAAAUCAUCAGUGCACAUGUGUAGAUCUAAUAUUCUUGGCCAACCACAGUGAAGGGGUUCAGUUCAGGAUGGAGGAUCUUGAUAGAGUUUUAGAGGAGGGGGAUGCUUUGUAUGUUGGUGUUAAAAUGCAGCUUAUGCAUGAACAAAGAUUUAUUCAGGACCAUAUGGCUAUGGAGGAUGUACCACUGACCGUUUCAACACUUACCCAAACAUACCAUGUGCAGAAGUCUGAAAUCAAGAUGGGAUACCUCAGAGCCAGAGGGAACCCUGACACAGAAGCAUGGUAUACUCCUCUUACUGAAAGACUACAGUGCCUUUCAACUGAUGUUAGCCACGCAUUGCUCAUUGUUUCUUUGGAGUGUAUUGCUCUGUUCAGAGACAGAUCUGGAAGAUACGGAUUCUUUGAUUCACACUCAAGGACUGCCGAAGGUUUGCGCCAUCCUACUGGUGAUGGAACUGCUGUUAUGUUAACUUUUACUCACCUAAGUGACAUGAUAGACAGAAUUCUCAGGGUCUUCCAGGAUCAUCCUGAUAAUGCCAGCUAUGAAUUUAUGCCUGUGUCAUUUGAAACAGAGCAACUUUCUGCCGAACAGACAGCACCAUCGACAUGUAUACAAGUCUCACAAAUCAAUUUGGCUCUUCCAAAUCCCAGCAACAUUUCAAAAGCCAACGUUCCACCAAUCCAUGUUUUUAAAGGACCAGAAAACCAACAUGUGAUUAAAACAAAUAAGCAGCGGAGAAGAAAAGAAAUGCGGAAAAUAGCUGCACAUGAAAAACAACAAUUAGAACCUAAGGACAAAACUGCAUCUGAAGAAUUCAGAAAAGCAAAAAAAAGAAAAUAUGAAAAGGAGCGAUAUGCCACGUGUUUAAAAUAUCAAAUGAAGAAAAAGGAGGCUAUAAAUGAACGAUAUAACCAAGAUCCUCAGUUCAGGAAGAAAAUCCAACACUACAUGACCCGAAGGUAUAACACAUGUGCUGUCGCUCAAACAAAGAAGAAAGAAUACAUGCUCAGGAGGUACCAAACCAAUGUUCUAUUCCAGUCCAAGAAAAAAGAGUACAUAGUGAGGAGGUACAACAUGGAUACUGUCUUUAAGAGGAAGAUGAAAGAGUACAUGGUGAGGAGGUACAACACGGAUACUGUCUUUCAGAGUGAGAUGAAAGAAUACAUGAUGAGGAGGUACAACACGGAUUCUGUAUUUCAGAAUAAGAUGAAAGAGUACAUGGUGAGAAGGUACAGCAAGGAUAUUGCAUUUCAGAAGAAGAUGAAAGAGUACAUGGUGAGGAGGUACAAUAAGGAUAUUGAAUUUCAGAAGAAGAUGAAAGAGUACAUGGUGAGGAGGUACAACAAGGAUGUUGUAUUUCAGAAGAAGAUGAAAGAGUACAUGGUGAGGAGGUACAACAAGGAUAUUGUAUUUCAGAAGAAGAUGAAAGAGUACAUGGUCAAGAGAUAUGCAGAUGACCCACAGUUUAGAGCACGUCACAUACUAAGAUGUACCUUGUACAAAAGACAGAAAUGUGUCAGUGAUGUUGCAUACCAUGUUUAUCAUAAAUUGCAAUGUGCACUCCGAAUCAAAAGGAAAUAUAAACUUUACAUCAGUUCCAGACCAGAAACACCUCAGCCUGUGGUCAGCAAAGUAAUGCAAAGUGCCAUAGAUGCAUUCAGAUGUAACAUUAAGCAAGGCCCCACACAUAUCUGCACAGUCUGUCACAGAGCUAUGUUUCCAAGUCAAGUCAGAGUCUGUAACAGAAAGAGUUACAUUAAAAAUUUACAUAUUGUGGCAUCUUGCUUAACCGGGCAAUAUGUUCACAUUUGUGACAGUAGCUGCAGAGAUUCUUGUGUGGUUCCAGAACAAAGAAGAAAGGAAUGGAUUUGCCAUACUUGUGAUAGCCAUCUGAAGAGAGGAAGCAUGUCUUCAAUUGCUGUGGCAAACAAACUUGAAUUAGCACACAUCCCUGCAGAAUUAAUGGAAUUAAAUGUGCUUGAACGUCAACUCAUUGCCAAAAUUGUACCGUUUGCAAAAAUUGUUUCACUGCCUAAAGGACAACAAAGAGCAGUGCAUGGGGCGGUUGUGUGUGUGCCGUCUGAGGUGGAAAAGACGGUAAAUUGUCUACCAAGACAUAGUAGUGAGUCGCAACUCCUACAGGUGAAGCUUAAAAGACACAUCAAGUUUAAAGGAUACCAGCACUUUCACACUGUGAAUAUGCACAACGUCCUAGCAGCUUUAUUAAAGCUAAAACAGACACAUUCCGAAUACAAGGAAAUCUCCAUAAGUGAAAGUUCAAUACUUGAAAGUCACCUUGAUGAGGAAAUUGACACAGAACAGCAACAAGACUUCAAUGUUGCUGAGGAGAAUGAGCAACAUGUGAGUGAAGAGGAACAGGAUGAACUUAGACCUGGCCUCACCUUGGACACAUGUAUGCAGCCACCAGACAUCGGCCAGGAGAUCUUAUCAUAUGGCGAGGGAAUUUUCAGCAUUGCACCUGCUCAAGGAAAAAAACCUGUUGGAUUUUUCAAAAUCCCAAAGCUGGAAUCCAUGGCAUUUCCCGUUCAGUUCCCUACUGGAGAAAACACAAUUGAUGAGGCAAGAGAAUUAGCAUUAUCUCCAAGUAUGUAUUUCAAUGCUAGAUUGCUCUCUGCUGAUACACGUUUUGCUAGAGACCAAAGUUACCUUUUCUUUGCACAGUUUGCAACAGAAACGCAUAUGGCCAGAAACAGCAUGACUGUCCAGUUGCGGAAAGGCAAACCCAUCACAAAAGAUGGCCGGAGAAUUUCCAAUAGGUUGCUUCAAGAUAACCGUGAAGUUGAAAGACUGGUGCGCAACAAAGACGCCACGCGAUUCAUGCAACCCCUUAGAGGCUCGCCAUCUUAUUGGGAGAAAACUCUAAGAGACCUACAAGCCAUGAUCCGGCAGUUGGGAACCCCCACUUUUUUUUGCACAUUCAGUGCAGCCGAAAUGCGAUGGCCUGAAGUAAUAACGGCAAUCAAGGCGCAGCAAGGUGAAGAGGUUGAUUUUUCAGAGCUUGACUGGAUGACAAAAUGUGAAAUCCUUCGAAGUAACCCUGUUACUGUCAUGCGGAUGUUUGAGAAACGAGUGGAUGCGCUUAUGACUCACCUGCUUUUGUCACCUGCCCAACCCAUUGGAAAGGUCAAGGAUUUCUUUUACAGAGUUGAGUUUCAAGCAAGAGGUAGCCCACAUAUACAUCUGCUUGCAUGGGUAGAAGAUGCACCUGAGUUUGAAAGCGAUUCUGAUGAAGUUGUUUGUGGCUUUAUUGACCGCUACAUAACAUGCAGGCUCCCUGAUUCCAUGGCUGAUCCUGAACUUCAUCAGAUUGUCACAGAGGUUCAACUUCACAGCAGGAAACACUCCAAGUCAUGCAAGAAAGGAAAUGUGCUGUGUAGGUUUGGGUUCCCUAAACUACCAAUGUCUGACACCACAAUAACUCGCCCGCGACCCCAAAGACCUGAAGAAGAGGAAAACAAACAGGAUAACCACCAAGACAGAAGAAAGUCACGAUCAGAUGCUGUUCAAAAAGCAAUGAGUGAUGCUAGGAUGAAACUCAAACCAUUGUGGGAUUUGCUGAAUGACCCCCAAGUCACAUUUGAAAACGUGUCUGAGCUACUGACAAAAUGUAAUUUGUCCAUGGAGGAUUACAUGAAGUACACCAGGGAGUUGUCCACAUCUAGUGUCAUUUUGAUCAAACGUGAUCCAAAGGAGGUUUGGGUUAAUGGAUACAAUCCGGAUUUGUUGAGGGCAUGGAAUGCUAACAUGGACAUUCAGUACAUACUUGACCCUUACAGCUGCAUCAUGUAUAUGCUGUCCUAUAUUUCCAAACCAGAGCAUGAAAUGAACGAGAUGCUGAAGAACGUAAUCAAAGCAGUGCGUGAAACAGAUGUGAACGAAGAGGAUGAAAUGAAGCACAUUAUGCAAGCCUAUUCGAAACACAGACAAGUAAGCUCCCAGGAGUCUGUUGCACGAACAUGCAGCCUACCAAUGAAGAAGUGUUCACGAAGUGUUGUGUUCGUACCAACCGACGAUGAUGCUCUGAAGAUGAGUCUGCCCCUUAGUGUCCUAAUGAACAAAAAUCCAGAUUCAGAGGAUGUCUGGAUGUCAGGAAUAAUAGAUAAAUACAGAGCAAGGCCUCAAACACCGGAGUUUGAAAAGAUGUGUCUGGCAGACUUUGCUUCAAAUUACCGCAUUGUGUACGGUCGGCAAACUAAAGGAAAGAAUGUGCAACGACUGCUCAACGAUAUGGGAUUUAUUCAGCAGAGAACUGUCGGUAAGGCUGCCGUUAUUCAAUACGCACGGUUUUCAGAGGAAAAACAACCGGAAAAGUUUUAUGGAAGAUUAGUGAAACUUUAUGUGCCACAUCGUUUCAAUGCACAGCUAAAACCUCCAACAUUUCCAACUUAUGAGCAGUUUUACAAAAGUGCAUUUGUAGAACUUCCUUCCAACCUUGGUCUCCAAAUGCCUGUAUGCGCAAUAGUGAAAGCCCACCAGGAGAAAUUCGAAAAACACAGCGAAGAAGUGGACAAAGCAAUUGAACAGUUGCAGCAACAAGGCCCAUCUGAGAAUGCUUGGACAGCUUUUGCCCCUGAAGCUGAAGUGGAUAAUUUGGAGUGCAUUGCAGAACGAGAAGAUGUCAAUCCUGAUGAAGAGGAUAUGCAAGAUGAUGUGCCAGAAUACCAGAUUCUUCUUGAAGAUGGAGAUGGAGUCAUUCCUCAGAUAAAGGCGCCACAGAUGAGUGUUGAAUUUGUCAGGAAGAUGUUUCAAAGUCUAAAUGAGAUACAGGCUGCCAUUUUCUACACUGUCCGUCAGUGGUGUCAGAAGCGUGUCUGGGGUCAUAAUCCGGAACAGUUCUUUUACUUCGUGUCAGGUGGUGCUGGUUGUGGAAAAUCACAUGUCAUUAAGUGCAUAUAUACAGAAGCAACCAAGAUUCUAAGACAACUGCCUCGACUUCAGGAGGAAGGGGAUCUCUCUAUGCCUACAGUGAUUUUGAGUGCAUUUACAGGAACAGCAGCAUUCAAUAUAUCUGGUAAAACACUGCAUUCCAUUUUAAAACUGCCAAGGAACUUAAAGCCACCUUAUCAAGGACUUGGGAAUGCUCUAGAUGAACUACGAGCAGAAUUAUGCAGUGUGGAAAUUCUCAUCAUUGAUGAAGUGUCCAUGAUUUCGAAGGAUCUUUUUGCCUAUGUAAACUGGAGACUUCAACAGAUCAGAGGCAGCAAGAAAGCAUUUGGAGGAAUCUCUGUUCUCGCUGUAGGAGACUUUUACCAACUACCACCUCUCGGUAAAGCCAAACCGCUCUGUGUGUAUGAAGAUGAUGUUUUGGACUUCUGGAAGGACAGUUUUCAAAUACUUACUCUUUCAGAGAUCAUGCGUCAGAAGGAGGACCUUGCUUUUGCUGAGCUUCUAAACCGACUGCGAGUGAGGCAGAAGACUGAUGCUCUUAGAGAAGAAGAUAGAGUUCUGUUACUCCAAGCUGUAAAGAACCCAGAAGACUGCCCACAUGAUGCUCUGCACAUAUUUGCAACCAACAAGGAAGUUCACAUGCACAAUACUAGAACGAUACAGGCUAUUCACACUGACAUCAUAACCAUUGAUGCCGAAGACUACAGGAAAGACCCAAGAACAGGAGUGAUGAAACGACAAAAGAAACCUGUCACUGGAAAGAAGGAUGACUUGCUGGAUUCUAUACAAGUUGCAGUGGGAGCUCGUAUAAUGGUGACAAGGAAUCUGGAUGUUGAAGAUGGAAUUGUUAAUGGAUGUUUUGGUAAGAUUGUUAACAUUGUCACUAAAACAAGAGAUGGAAUGGCCACUGUACACAUGCUAGGACUUCAGCUCGACAAUCAAAAUGCAGGUCUGAAACACCGUAGAAGAGUGCAAGGUGAAGACGACAACUCUGUAUAUAUUGAGAGAUCUGAAGAAAGUCUGAGAAAAGGAACAGUUCGUCGUCAAUUUCCCAUCAAGCUCGCUUAUGCCUGCACAGCUCACAAAGUUCAAGGUAUGACAAUGCAGUCUGCCGUAGUGUCACUGAAAAAGAUUUUCGAACCUGGAAUGGCCUACGUUGCCCUCAGCCGAACAACGUCGCUUUCUGGAUUACAUAUUACAGACUUCAGUGAAAAGAAGAUUUAUGCUGAUCCUGAAAUCACAGCAUCAUUGGAAAAUAUGAGAAAAGCGACAUUCGAAGGAGUCAUGCCGCUUUUGCAGCACAUAAGGGAUAUCAACCAGGACGAAACACUUAAAAUCAUUCAUCACAACACGGAAGGACUAUCAUCCCACAUCGAGGAUAUCAGAUGCCAUCAUGAGCUACUAUUAUCGGAUAUUCUUUGCAUAACGGAAAGUCACUUGUCUGGCUCAUGUAUUCCACAACAUCUCCAGUUGGAAGGAUACAAGAUGUUUGCACGGAAUAGACACGUCUCCUACUCAACCCAUGCAGAAAUGGCAAAGAAAGACGGUGGUGGAGUUGCAAUAUUUUGCAAAGAAAAUAUUCAAGCUCAGUCCAGACAGUACAUCCAAAGUGUCACAGACCUGGAGUUUGUUGUCAUCAAAAUCGACACCCCAAUAUGUGCAACAAUUGCUGCAGUGUACAGGCCACCAAACUACAGUCUUGAAAAAUUCUUGCCAAAUUUAAGGGGCCUACUUGAUUAUCUGGACAUCGUAGACAAACAUCCUGUAAUCAUCAGUGGAGACUUUAAUGAGGACCUCUUAUCUGCUGGAAGAAAGGCUAUACUGGAGAUGUUUCAAUCCAAGGGAUAUAAACAGCUAAUCACAUCAGCUACAACUGAGAAGCACACACUACUGGAUCACAUAUACAUCUCACAUCCGGACUUGUGUCUUCAGUCAGGUGUGUUACAGAGCUAUUACAGUUACCACAAUCCUGUGUACUGUAUAUUGCGGAAAUGACAUUCUGUGGUUGGCGGAUAUUGUUGUGUUUUAUGCCAUAUGGAAUCGUGGGCACCGACUACGCAUUAACUUUCUUCAAGCUAUGUGGUGCUGGAAGUGCAACUAGAGGAGCUGGAGACGCAGCGCUGGUUGGGUUUCUGGUGCUAUUAUGAAUGGAGAAGUUGCCAGCAAAUGUCGGUAAGCAUGCAUCAACUUUCUUUAGUUUGAGUCGUGCUGGAGGUGUAAUCGGAGGAGCUGGAGACGCAGCGCUGGUUGGAUUUCUGGUGCAAUGAUGGCUGGGGAAGGUAUGAAGCAUGCUUCGGGUCUCGGACGGCCUUAGCCAACGGUUUGGCACGUAUGGUUAUGUUGUGGCCAUACCAACUUACCCGGGGGCACUGAGCAAAUAUUAAUGGUGCCAGUGGGGCUUCGACAGCCUUAGCCAACGGGUAGGGCGGUUAUGGUUGUACUGUGGUGUUUUGCCAUACCGGCCUGGGAGCACUGAGCAUAUGAAAAAGGUGCCAGUGGGCUUUAACAGCCUUAGCCAACAGGUAGGGCGGUUAUGGUUGUGCUGUGGUGUUUUGCCAAACCGACCUGGGGGCACUGAGCAUAUGAAAAAGGUGCCAGUGGGCUUUAAAAGCCUUAGCCAACAGGUAGGUGGUUAUGGUUGUGGUGUUUUGACAGAGGAAACAGCAUGCAAUGAGUAAGUAUUAACGAUAAUAAUAGGGCUCGGACAGCAAUAUGCAAUGGGUUGGCCUGUAUGGUUGUGCACGUAUGAUUGUGUGUGUCACUGAGCUAACAGGACAGUAGUGCAGCAACUGGAAGCAGCAGGACAAAGAAAUGAGCAGUGUGGCAACUUCAGGGAGGACACUGGACAAUAAAGGCAGCAGCGGCAGACAGAAUGCAGUGAGGAUUAGUAAGGCAGCUCCAGAGAGGACACAUAACAUUGCAGUUGGAGCUUGGAGACUAUGAACCCUGUCAACAGCUAGAUACAAUUCUGCAAUAUACUAAUUGAGGCCAUAGGAAAGAAACUGCGUAUGACAUCAAGGACCAGAGCAAGGUGAAGUCUGAAGAAGCAAAGAAAGCAGUAUGCCAAAGCACCAAGGAUACCCAGCAUGCACUGCAUGUCAUCUCAGAUUCAGCGGCUCAAUGGCUUCAUUGGACCUCCUCCAGUAUAAUUAUUCAAACAAUCUUAAUGUGUUCAUAAAUAUUUCUAUUGUCAUAUUAUUCAAUACAUUUGCAUUUCUAUAUAUACUAACUUUUUAUAAUUAAGGUGAAAUUUAUGUGCUGUACCAGAGGAGGAUGGGUUCCCCCUGUUGAGUCUGGUUCCUCUUAAGGUUUUCUCCUCUUAAGGAGUUUUUUCCUUGCCACAGUCGCUAUAUGCUUGCUCACUGGGGGGGUUGUGUCAACUCCUGUCUCCCUUUUGAUUGCUUUCUGACUAGGGAUUACAAAACUGGUUUUGUGAGUUGCUAAAAAUGUUAUAAAAUCGUACAAUUGUCAAUUAAGUACAUAUGGCUGCACAAAUAAUUUGAAAUCAAGAUAACAGACAAUAUAUUAUACAA